AUGAAAAUAGGUUGCACAAACAGGGAAAAAAGUUUAUGUGACCACUUGACACAAUAUAAGUUAUACACAAGUAUCCACCUGGAAGUUACGCCUCAAAUAGCUCUGCGCAAGGACAAUUUCAGGCUUCUGGAGAUUUUUUUUAGCACUAAGCACCACAACAAUAAGCGGGAGGGAAGGUUACAAUUUUUAUGGUGA